AACUAAACAUUGACAGUUCUUUUACAACUGCAGGCUGCAGCUUAGACUAAUGGGGUGAUCCCUUGGGUUUGUUCUCAAGACAAUUUAGAGAAUGUUGUUCUGGCUGUUUUGGUUCUCCUGACUUCAGAUGUAUUACGGUGUCCAUGGUCUACGGCAGUUUGUUGUUGCACAAGAAAACUGCACAAGCCAAGAUUUUUGCGUCGAUAUACGUUUGAAUUGGCUACUUUCACGAAAUGAAUCUCGGUCAGCUCAACGAUGCCCAGAGAGGUUUUUUGAAACAGUUUCGCGAGGCGGUCAAAGACUGCAAAUUACCCGACUCGGACGACACCUACCUUCUGAGAUGGCUCAUUGCUCGCGAUUUUGAUCUGGACAAGUCGGAAAAAAUGCUCCGUGAUGCGAUGGAAUGGCGCCAUCAGCACAAAAUCAACACUCUGCUGGACGACUUCAUUUCUCCGGAGGUAUUGGCCAAGUAUUUCUCAGCUGGAUACACUGGCGUAGACAAGCUGAAUAGCAGCUUGUUGAUCACUCGAUUCGGAGCAAUGGAUCUGAAGGGCAUGUUGCUAUCAGCCAAAAAGAGAGAUUAUCUAAUGACCGUGGUGGAAGUAGUGGAGAGAGGCAUCAGGGCAGCUCAGAAUAACCCAACCAAAUUCAAGCGAUCCCCCGAUUUCAUCUUCCAGAUGACCGUCAUUUUCGACAUGGCCGGAUUUUCAAUGCGUCACAUUACGUUCAAGCCAGUAGCCGUGGAGACUACCCUUCAGUUGCUCCAGAUAUCCGAGUCGAAAUACCCGGAACUACUCCGCUGCGUAUUUGUCAUCAACGCUCCCAAGAUUUUUGCCAUCCUCUACUCGAUGAUGAAACCUUUCAUGCACGAGAAAACCAAAAACAAGGUUCAAAUCUACAGUCACGAUUCCUCCAUAUGGAAAGCCGCUCUUUUAGCGGAAAUCGAUCCCGAUCAGUUACCCGUUUGCUACGGGGGAACCAUGACCGAUCCCGAUGGAAAUCCAAACUGCGUGACAAAAGUCGGUAUGGGCGGAGAAGUUCCACGAUCUUACUACCUCGAUGCCAAGCCUGAUCCGACCAAUAAGAAAACUUUUACCGUAUCCAGGGGAUCCAAAGAGCAAUUGGAGAUCCAAAUUAAACAAGCCGGAGCAAUCCUUAAAUGGGAUUUUUAUACGGAAGAAGGAGAUCUAGCAUUCGCUGUGUACAGGAAAAAAGACGACGAAUUGAUUCCGAUCGUUUCUCACGACCGGAUAGACUGUGACGUAUCACCGGAAGAGGGUGAAAUUCAGUGCGAUUACACUGGUGUCUAUGUGGUCGAAUUUGACAACAGCUACAGCUACUUCCGCUCAAAGAAGAUUUGGUUUUCCAUCACGGUUUAUAACGAACGAAUAGAGAACACGGAACCGUUUCAACCUUAAAGCAAAAAUACUCGAUUGCUUUUAAUUAAAGAAUUGUAGAAAAAUGUGGAGUACAUGAAAUCCGCGUUCUUACUUA